CUUAGUGACUGGUUUCCAAAAAUUAGGCAUUCGAGUUAAGUGUCUUUAAGUGAAGAUUUUCAGUGAAAGAAAAUGUUUAACAAAUACUGCUUCAGGGAUUGAAGAUUUUUAGGAUAAACUGGUUAAAAUAUCUUUUAUCCCAUUUAUUGGAGUAGUAAUUGAAUUAAAGAUUGCCACCUUCAAUCGAUCGUAGCAUAGAAAACAGUGAUAAUGUCUCAAAAUCGUUUAACUUGUUACAGUUAUAAACUAUGGAUGGGCCCAGGCACUUAUUGUGUACCCCCCGAGCUGUUUGCUUUGAAUAGAUCGAGGUUAGCUGAAAGGCUGAAUUCAAAAGAAAUUCCUAAAAAAUCUGUGGUUCUUUUACAAGGAGGAAAUGAGAUCCCCUUUAAUGAUACUGAUACAAACUAUCUGUUUAGACAAGAAUCAUACUUUAUGUGGACGUUUGGUGUUCUAGAGGAAAAAUGUUUUGGUGCGUUGGAUUUGGAUACAAGAAAAUCAUUUUUAUUCGUACCAAGACUUCCUGAGUCAUACGCAGUAUGGAUGGGACCUCUUUACACAUUGGACGAUUUUAAGAUGAAAUAUAAAAUUGACAGCGUACAUUAUACUGAUGAGAUUGCUGAAGUGCUGAAAAAUCAUGGUGCAUCUGUUUUAUUAACUCUGAAAGGAAUAAACAGUGAUAGCGGUUCCGAAUCAAAAGAAGCGAGCUUUACCGGAAUAGAAAGCUUUCAAGUUAAUAAUGCUCUCCUCUUUCCUGAAAUUGCGGAUUUACGUACAGUUAAAACUGAUUUAGAAUUGGAUGUGAUACGUUAUGUAGUAGAAGUGUCAUCAGCAGCACAUAGAAAAGUUAUGAGGAUGGCGAGACCUGGCAAAACUGAAUACCAAUGUGAAUCAGAGUUUCUGCAUUAUUGUUAUUCUGUUGGAGGUUGUAGAUAUGUUUCUUAUACUUGCAUAUGUGGAUCAGGACCUAAUGCUGCUAUACUACAUUACGGUCAUCCAGGAGCACCUAAUGACCGUUUUAUACAAGAUGGAGAUACACUUCUUUUCGAUAUGGGUGCUAACUAUAUGGGUUUUGCUGCAGACAUAACUUGUUCUUUUCCUGCUAAUGGAACGUUUACUUCUAUGCAAAGGUUAAUAUACGAAGCCGUUUUAAAAUCUAAUUUAGCAGUAAUGACAAACGGAAAGCCAGGAGUUUUAUGGACUGAUAUGCAUUUACUAGCAAACAAAGUGCUUCUUCAAGAAUUGAAAAAUGGUGGUCUUUUAACUGGUAAUGUUGAUGAAAUGGUCAAGGCAGGUUUGGCUGCUAUUUUCCAACCUCACGGAUUGGGUCAUCUAUUAGGACUUGAUGUGCAUGAUGUGGGUGGUUAUCUUGACAACAAUCCCCCGAGACCAAAGGAACCAAGGGGGGCUGAAAAAUUGAGAACAGCUCGAGUUUUGCAAAAAAACAUGGUCCUUACUAUUGAACCGGGAUGUUACUUUAUUGAUCCGUUACUUGAUUCAGCUCUUGCUGAUCCCAAAUUAGCACAAUUUAUAAUAAAAGAAGAAAUUGAAAGGUUUAGAGGAUUUGGUGGAAUUCGAAUUGAAGAUGAUGUUGUUGUUACUGAGAAUGGCAUUGAAAAUUUAACAAAAGUACCAAGAACUAUUCAGGAAAUUGAAGAUUGGAUUUCUGGGAAAGAUGAUGGCAAAUACUAGAAAGAUUUGUGAAUGUAUGCAUACACAUAAAGUGGGUAGGUAAACAUUUUUAUAUACAACAAAAUAUAUUUACUGUAACACGUACUCAAGUAUAUUUUUUGGAAAAUAAGUACUCGAUUAUAUUAGUCUACAAAUGUUUCGAUAAUGAUCCAUUGGUGAUGAAUAAUAAUAAACUGUACAUGACUUCUUAA